AUCAGUAAUUAAGAGUGGUAAAAUGUGUGUCAGUGAGUUUAGACCAUGAUUACGGAAAAAGGUGCCCAGAUCAGAACUCCUUGCUCGCUCAUAGCAGAAGGAAUAGAUUCAUCUUUUUAUACAGGUUUGAAUGACAGAUAUCACUGUUACAAAGACUGAUUAUGACCGGAUUUUGUCAACGUAUUUCUUUUCAGUCCAGUCAUCUUCUUUUUGAAAAUCUGGCUGCACUUCAGCGCUGAAGAUUUCAGGGAGCCGUCAAAGCACCUCACUCUGGAGAAGGUGAUAGCCCACCUUCACAAAGAGGUCCCUGGCUCUGAAACUGAAAUGGAGGCGAAACAUCUCCUCCACCAGUUUAAAAGCGUAGCAGAAAAUGAGAGCCAGCCCGGGGACCAUCCCGAGGACCAUCCCAAGGACCAGCCACAGGAGCAGCUGGGAGAUCAGCCCGGGGACCUGCCUGAGGUCCAGCCCGGGGAGCAGCCCAAAGGCCAGCCCGGGGAGCAGCCGGAGGACCAACCUGGGGACCAUCCUGACAACCAGCCGGGGGACCAGCCCAGGGACCAGCCCAAGGGCCAGCCAGGGGACCUGCCUGAGGUCCAGCCCAGGGACCUGCCUGAGGUCCAGCCCGGGGAGCAGCCUGAGGGCCAUCUGGGGGACCGACCUGGGGACCUGCCCGAGGGCCAGCCUGGGGACCUGCCUGGAGUCCAACCCAAGGGCCAGCCCGGGGACCAGCCCGAGGGCCAGGCCGGGAACCUGCCUGAGGUCCAGCCCAGGAAGCAGCCCAAGGGGCAGCCCAGGGAGCAGCUGGAGGACCAACGUGGGGACCAGCCAGAGGGCCAGCCCAGGGACCAGGCCGAGGACCAUCUGGGGCACCGACCUGGGGACCUGCCCGGAGUCCAGCCCAAGGUCCAGCCCAGGGACCUGCCCAGGGACCAGCCCAGGAACCUGCCUCAGGAAAAGGUAGGGUCUAGACCCUUUUGUUCAAAGUAUUCAAUAGGAAAAGGGUAUGAGGAAUUGCCGAUAUUUGUAUUCUAA